AUGUCUCCAAUACUUAAUACUGUGGCUGAGUCAAUGGAAGUGUCCAAAAGGGCUUAUGUGACUUUCUUGGCUGGCAAUGGAGAUUAUGUGAAGGGUGUAGUGGGUUUAGUUAAGGGUUUAAGGAAGGUAGGAUCUGCCUACCCUUUGGUUGUGGCCAUCUUGCCUGAUGUGCCCCAAGAGCACCGUCAAAUUCUUCUAUCUCAAGGCUGUAUUGUCCGGAAGAUCGAACCGGUACAUCCCCCUCCCAACCAGACCCAGUUUGCCUUGGCUUAUUACAUUAUCAACUACUCCAAACUUCGUAUUUGGGAGUUUGUGGAGUACGACAAGAUGUUAUACUUGGACGGGGAUAUUCAAGUGUUCGACAAUAUAGAUCACCUUUUUGAUUCUCCAAAUGGGUAUUUUUACGCUGUUAUGGACUGUUUUUGUGAGAAGACAUGGUCUAACUCGACUCAGUAUAAGAUUGGCUACUGCCAGCAGUGCCCUGAAAAGGUUAACUGGCCAGUGGAGUUGGGGUCGCCACCUCCGCUCUACUUUAAUGCCGGCAUGUUUAUGUUCGAGCCUAAUCUUUUUACCUACUUUGAUCUCCUGGAGAACCUCAAAAUCACCACCCCAACUUCAUUUGCCGAGCAGGACUUCCUUAACGGUUUCUUUAGGAAUGUUUACAAGCCUAUCCCUCCUGUUUAUAACCUUGUUUUGGCUAUGCUGUGGCGCCACCCUGGAAAUGUGAACCUUGACAAAGUUAAGGUUGUUCAUUAUUGUGCUGCGGGUGCAAAGCCUUGGAGGUACACUGGAGAAGAGGAUAACAUGCAAAGAGAAGACAUCAAGAUUCUAGUGAAAAAGUGGUGGGAAAUAUACGAGGAUGAGUCGCUUGAUUACAAGAAUUUCAUGCCUGCUCAGCUCGGUAACCUGGAACCUUUGAUGAUGUCAACGCUGUCUUCCAGUCGUGUCCUUGAGCAAGGAAGACUUAAGGCUCCAUCAGCUGCUUGA